UUAUCUCCCAUUCCCCACCACCAUAGCCAGCAGCCACCUUACCUCCUCAAUUCUAUAUUUCCUUUCAUUUACGUCUCGUUUGACCAUUUGUUCUCUCACCCUCUCUCUCUCUCUGCAAAUCCUUUCUCUGUCUACAACAGUGUUUGGAGCAUUACAGCGAGCACUCAGAGCCAGAGCGGUGGUGUUAUGUAUGAAUCUGCCAGACCGGUAGUAAGAACAGAGAGAGAGGUCAGCCAAAGAACCAGCCACCAAACUGACCUCUGGUUCCAGGCACCGAUUUAGGGUUUUGCAGAGGGUUCUGUAGGGCAUCACAAUGGCGAUGGAAGCGCAAGUCCAAGAAGACGUGGCCGAUGGCAACAUGCAAUGCGCCGAUCAUCCUUACAAGAACAGCUCCCCCGGCGGGAUCUGCGCUCUCUGCCUCCAAGAAAAGCUCGGCAAGCUCGUCUCCUCCUCUUUUCCCAUCGCUAUCUUCCCCUCCGCCUCCUCUUCUUCGUCUCCUUCCUUUAGAUCCGACUAUGGCGCCGCCGCCGCCGCCGCCUCCGUCGUCUCCAUCGCCCCCAACGCGUCAUCCGCUUCUUCUUCCUCGGCCAACGCUCUCAAUCACGGUGAGUAUCACCGGUACUAUUCACGCCGGUGCCGCAUCCCUUUUCUCGCCUCGCAGAAGAAGAAGAAGAAGGAGCUUGUCGGCGGAGGUGGUGCUUCCGACCAAGCCGGUAUCGUUUUCAAGCGGAGCAAGUCCACGGCCACGCCUCGGCGGCGCCUGCAUUUUGUCGACGCCGACGUGGACAGCCCCCGGAAGAGAAGCUUCUGGUCGUUUCUCUACCUGUCCAAGCACUCUUCCGGGAACCGGAAAACAGAAAAGCAGUGUAAAGAGAGUUGCUGCGAUUUGUCUUCGGCAAACGUGUCUUUCUCGCAGACGUCAAGAAAGGAUGAAAAUGAUAGCCCCGACGAGGCAGCACUUGGCCGGAAGGUGUCCAGAUCCAGAUCCGUCGGGUGCGGGAGCCGGAGCUUCUCCGGCGACUUCUUUGAGCGGAUCUCGACUGGAUUCGGCGACUGUACUCUCCGGCGAGUCGAGUCCCACAGGGAAGGCAAGUCUAAGGCUACGCCGGUCCACCGGCGAGGCGCCGGCGGCGGCCAGGACUGUAUUAAGGAGAGAGUUAAAUGUGGCGGGAUUUUCAGCGGCUUCAUGGUCACUUCAUCCUCCUCCUCCUCCUCUUCAUCUUCCUACCUGGUCUCGUCUUCGGCUGAAGAUAGCAAUGUGAACGAGAAAGCUUCUGUUCAUGGAAGAAGCAAAAGCUGGGUCUGGGCGUUUGCCAGUCCAAUGAGAGCUUUCUCCAAGCCGCCUCCUUCCACUGGGAAGACAGAAGCUCCUAAUAAGAACCCCACCCCCAAUCUCGUGGCCAUUCCUUCCCUCUUGGCUGUCAGAACCUAAAACCCUUCCUCUUGGCUGUGAGUUUUCUAUCGGUUCCUCUACUGUCUGCUACUCUUUAAAUCGUUCUGUUCAAUUCAUAUUUUGGGUAUGGUGAUUGUUGAAUCUUGGAAGUUGAAUACUGGAACGGGGCUAGCUAUGAAGUUGAAUCCAAAUGGAUUUAUGAAGUGAAAUGCAUUUUACUAGGGUUUGAUCUUCGUUGCAUACAAUUAAUGUUACGGAGGGUUUGCUCAGAUCUUGAUGAGAACAAAUAAAUCUUGAGCAUAGUGUCUUGUAAUUUGGCUUGUAGGAUUAUUAAUCGUGUGCUGUGCUAAAUUUGUCUUCACUGUAUCUGCUUAUUAUAUAUAUAUAUAUAUAUCUUCAUGAAA